AGGUGCGUAACUGAGAUUUUUACAAACUAAUCUCAUUCUGCAUCUGAGGAGCACGCGCUUGGAAUCCCUAUCAGGUCGCUUGAGAUCGCAUACAGGAACUGUCUGUGGGCUCCUGAAGUGUUCGCUUUAACAAUGUAAUUUUCUGUGAAGUGCUGACAACAUUGAAAUCAUAGAAUCAUUCAGGCUGGAAAAGACCUUUAAGAUCAUCAAGCCCAGCACUGCCAAGUCCCGUCGCCCUCUGGGCCAGUGUCAUGCUCCCCAGAAGACCCUUUGCUGUCCUCCGGGGAGCGGAUGCAUCCAAACCAGCAUGGUUCAGUUUUCCUUGUGGACUUCUCCAUCCUGCCCACUUGCCUGAAAUCCUCCCUGGGGCUGCACCCUGCCGAGGUCGCCAGGCUGGGAUCCCGAGGGGACGAGGACCGGCGGUGACAGGGGAGCUGAGCACCAGCCCUGGCCAGGCUGGCAGGCAGCCCCCCUAGAGCAGCGACAGCGAGGGGAGGGAGCCCUGGCCGCCGGACCGCGGCCGCCCCGCCGCUUCUGCCCGCCCUGCCGUGCCGUGCCGAGCCCAGCCGUUCCCGUGCCGCUCGGUGCGGGCUGUCCAGCCGCCCGCCCCUGCCUCCCCGCAGCCCCAGCCAUCCCCGCCAUGCGAGAGCGAUGAGAGCAGCUCCUGCAGACGCAGCCUGGCAAUGGAGGAUGAUUUAUUCCAGCUGAGACAGCUGCCGGUGGUCAAGUUUCGCCGCACUGGGGAAAGUUCAAGGUCAGAUGAGGAUGUCAUUUCAGGAGAACACGAAAUUCAGAUUGAGGGUGUUCGGACAGAGCUAGAGCCUAUUGAGCUAGAGGAUGGAGCUGCAGUGCCAAAAGAAUUUGCCAACCCAACUGAUGAUACUUUCAUGGUGGAAGAUGCGGUGGAAGCCAUUGGAUUUGGAAAGUUCCAGUGGAAGCUCUCUGUUAUUACUGGAUUAGCAUGGAUGGCAGAUGCUAUGGAAAUGAUGAUUUUAAGUAUCCUAGCUCCUCAGCUUCAUUGUGAGUGGCGAUUACCAAGCUGGCAGGUUGCAUUGCUCACAUCGGUGGUGUUUGUGGGAAUGAUGUCCAGCUCCACCCUCUGGGGAAACAUUUCAGACCAGUACGGGAGAAAAACAGGCCUAAAGAUCAGCGUGUUAUGGACGCUCUAUUAUGGGAUCCUCAGCGGUUUUGCACCAGUGUAUAGCUGGAUCUUGGUGCUGAGGGGCCUGGUGGGCUUUGGGAUUGGAGGAGUGCCUCAGUCGGUAACCUUAUAUGCUGAAUUCCUUCCAAUGAAAGCCAGAGCAAAAUGCAUUUUAUUAAUAGAGGUCUUUUGGGCCAUUGGGACUGUGUUUGAAGUCCUUCUAGCAGUGUUGGUGAUGCCCACUCUUGGCUGGCGGUGGCUUCUCAUUCUUUCUGCCCUCCCGCUUUUGCUCUUCGCUGUCCUGUGUUUUUGGCUGCCAGAAAGUGCCAGGUAUGAUGUAUUAUCUGGAAAUCAAGAAAAAGCAAUUGCCACUUUAAAGCGGAUAGCAACGGAAAAUGGAGCUCCAAUGCCUUUGGGAAAAUUAAUUAUUUCCAGACAGGAGGACCGAGGAAAAAUGAGGGACCUUUUUACCCCCCAUUUUAGAUGGACCACCUUGUUACUCUGGUUUAUAUGGUUUUCCAAUGCUUUUUCAUAUUAUGGGUUAGUUUUAUUAACUACGGAGUUCUUCCAAGCAGGAGACGUCUGCAGCCUAUCCAGUAGAAGGAAAGAAGUUAAAGCAAAAUGCAGCCUGACCUGUGAGUAUCUGACAGAGGAAGACUACACUGACCUGCUCUGGACAACCCUGUCAGAAUUCCCUGGUGUGUUGGUAACACUAUGGAUUAUUGAUCGGAUAGGUCGCAAGAAAACCAUGGCCCUGUCCUUUUUUGUCUUCUCAUUUUGCAGUCUUCUGCUGUUUCUCUGCGUUGGAAGAAAUGUUCUUACUGUGCUGCUCUUCAUUGCAAGAGCUUUUAUUUCAGGAGGAUUUCAGGCUGCUUAUGUUUACACUCCUGAGGUUUAUCCGACAGCCACGCGUGCGUUGGGCCUGGGAACGUGCAGUGGAAUGGCGAGAGUGGGAGCCCUCAUAACCCCCUUCAUUGCCCAGGUGAUGUUGGAAUCUUCGGUCUAUUUAACACUGGUGGUAUACAGUGGAUGUUGCCUGCUGGCUGCUGUGGCUUCCUGCUUCUUGCCCAUCGAAACAAAAGGUCGUGGCUUACAGGAGUCCAGCCACAGGGAAUGGGGACAGGAGAUGGUUGGGAGAGGAUCUCAUUCCCCAGGGGUCACCAGGUCAAACUCUGGAUCACAGGAAUGAUGGGACAUGAAAACCUGAAAGAAUGAAUGGUACGAGCAAGAUCUCUUUCACAAAAAAUCCGACCCUGAAGCAUAGAAAGCCGACCAUACUGCCACUGCCAAUGUCAACUGUCAAACUGCAGGAACUUUUGGUUUGAACCUAAGCAAGUUGUGUCUCUGCUGCUCUUUGCUCACACUCAUAAAAACUUUACUUCUGUAUUGAGAGGCAUUUGAAUAUCAUUUGAAGUUUAGCAGGAAGGGGUUUUUCUUAAGUCUGUUGUGCUUGCAUGGUCAGCUAUUCAGCUUAAAAUGUCCCGUGUCAAGCAAAUAGCUAACUGAAUGCAACUCAGUAUAAGCUGUAAUUAAAACAAUGUACUCUUGAUGCCUAAAAACAAAAGAUUAAUAUUUAUUGUGUACCUGGCAUAGCACACGGUGGAUUCCAUACACUACAGAAUAGGUUUUAUGAAUUAGAUGCCUGCCUUGCACUUUUUAGCCAUCAACAACAACAAAAUGUGAUAACGACAAACCAACCAAUGCUUUCUACUUCCCUUGCUUAUGGGUUCUGUUCCUUGAGAAUUAACAGACACUGAUUGCUUGGAAACUCUCUUCUGAAUGUUUCUCCCACCAAAGGCAGGUAGUUUGAGUCGGUGAGGAGCGAUGUGUGUUGCAGAGAUGGAAACUUAUACACGAAAUGUAAAUCCUCCUGGUUUGGAGCAGAGUUUGACUUCUCUAACAUUGCCAGAAACAUUGAGCACUCUGUCUGUUGCUUGGUGAAGACUGCUUCAGCUGUACUGGUGUCUCUUUGUGUGUGGAGAUGCACGCUGUGGUUUUCUGCAUGGGUCCAGGUAUGUUUCUGCUCAGUUUGCCUAUGUUCUCAUGGUGGUGUAGCCAAAACCUUUGCUAAAAAUGCCUCGGUCUGAACAGCUGCGUGGAGCAGUUUGGAUGGAGCUGCUUUCAAGUGUCUCCCAACAGAAGCUGGCCUCCUGACAGCUGGGCAGAACUUUUCGAUAGCUGCUGAUUGUACAUUGACUGUAACGUCAAGCUGGUGACAAAGGAAUGUAGCUGGCAUCGUAUCCUAAACGGACACAAAUCAUGGGAAGAGCCGCACUGCGGUCAUCCUUGGGCGAGGAACUUCGCUCCUUCAGAUGUAGCCCUGGAGGCUGAUGAUCCUGCUCUUGUCAGAGACUGUAGCAGAGUUCAGCUGAGGGUAAGUUUGCCCUGUUUGUCAGAAAUGUGUCACUGCGCAGGAGGUCGGCUUGCAGAGGCUGUGGAUGUGCAGCGAGGAAUUGCGUAAGGAAGCCGAGAACGUGUCUCAUCCCUGUCUCAGUUUAUUUUCAGGAUUCCUGACUCCGGAACACACAACCAAAUGUAAGUGAGAUGGACUAAAUGCUCAUCACUAGGCUGUGGGAAGCAAUACGUUUUUAUAGUAUGUGUGGUCAAUUGUCUCACGUACACAUAGGUAAGCACGCAACAAUUUUUUGCACAGUAGAAUAUUUGAAGUAUUCUGGGAGCCAGGCCCCUUUUCUGAGGGGCAAGAAUAGGUCACUGAGUCCGUGUUUGGGUGCAAUGCAAAUGAACACCGUUGGGGUUCAGCUUUCACUUAGGGUUUUAGGGCACUGGAGUGCAGUAUAAUGCUCCAAGGCACGUUGGCCUGUUUGUUUAUUUUUUUGGAAAUUUGAAGGAAAACCAGAAGCGGAUAAUUCCUUAAGGAAAGGGAGGAAACUCAGGCUAAUAAAAAAAAGGCCAAAGAGGUUAUUGAUACUCUGUGGGGGUAUUUUCUGUUGAGAAAAGUUUGACAGGGCACCAAAAGGUCUGUCCAUUCAUUUACCACUCGAUGGUGACCGCAACGAGAGACUCCAGGAGCGAUUGGUCCAACCAGACAAACUUCCCUUUCCACGGGAAGGCGAAAACGUUCAGCUCACAGGGAUCCCCCUUUAGAUGUGGCUGAUGCCACAGAAACACCCAGCCUGUUCCAGUGGCCCUUACUGCGUGCUGGUUUGGUUAUCCCUGUCUCUGCUGUCUCUCUGUCCUGUGUGCUCAGUCUCCAGCCAGCUCGUGUUCCAGUCGCUCCCCAGUAAACGGACAGAGCUCUCACGGCGCUGACCGGUGCCGAUAAUUUGUUUUCCCCUCGUUCUGUCAGGCUGUACUUGGGUGAGUCUCCCUAAUGCCCUGGUGCAGCUGGGGCGGCCGAGUGCUGCCUCCAAGGAUAGAUGGGCUUGUUUGUCUGGGACCAUCCCUCCGGUGUGCGAGAGGUGGGCAGGGCGCUGGCAGCGAGGGAGCAGUUCCAGGUGGGUGUAAAUCAGGUAUCAGACCACACGUGUGACCAGCCAGCUAGAAAACCUGCUCUACCUUGGCGUUAAUACGGACUGUUCACCCUUUGAUGAGGGUUCUGGCUACCGUCCUCUUCCUCCUGCUGGUGAAGGCACUUGAGAGCCGUGCCAGUCCGCCCCGAUGGGGUCACAUCCAUCCCUUAGGUGUGCACCCCAAACUGGGGGGCCUCUAGGAGAAUUCACCGGGGUGUAAGCCUGCAUUAGAGGUGGGAAAGAAUAAAAAGUGCAGGACAUCCGUGGCCUGAAGGAAUGCCACCUUGCAGCCUAGCUGCUAAGUUUGUCUGUUAUUAAGCGCCUUUAGCUAAAAUUCUGUUUUUCCAGCGUUAAUGCUGGCAUAUCACUUCAUUUUGUUGAGUCAAUAUUCAACAGUUUUAAAGGACUGCAUUGCAGUGGCCUUCGAAAUGUGCAUUCCGAGAGUUUUAGGUGAAGUAUAUUUGUCCUAAAUUUGCACAUAUGUAUACUUCAGAUAAAAUAUUCCCCAGGUAAAAAUUUUUAGGUAAUGCAAAACCUUUUGAUGCUGUUGAGUAGUUCAGUUUUAACCUGUGACAUUUACAGUAUUAAAAAAAAAAAUUUGAAGGCAUUUUUUGCUUUUUAUGAAUUCUGCCUUGAAAAUGUCUUUAAGGAUCUAAAUGCCAAGAUUGUUCCUGCCAAGACAUCUUCAUCCUCUAGGUCUUUGAUUUAGAGACAGCGAUGCCUAACGCAUGAUCCAAAGUCUGGGAGAAUCUCCCACAGAUGUUCGUGGGCUUUGGAUCAGCCGAACAGAGCCCGGCAGGUAGGAGCCCACCUCAGCUGACCCCACCUCACCGAAAUCAAUAGGAGCCUUUUGGGCACUGAAGAAACAAAACUGAAGUUCAGGUUUGGCAGGUCCUUGCAAAUUCUUAAUAAUGGAAGGGCAUUUGAGAUUGUCGCCUGAAAAACUGAAGAACGUUUGCGUUGAUACACGUUAGCCUAUAAAUAAUCACAAGUCAUAUUUUGUUAAUAUGGCAACACCAUUGAUGUAUAUAAUAAGCUUCCAAAGAUUGUUUUACACACUGUCAAGUAUUUUUCACUGAUGAAGGAAUUAAUAUAGCUAGUUCAUUUAAAACAAUAAAGUGAGGUAAUUUUGAAUUAAAAUUGAGAGCAAACAGAAUUGUGGGAUUCAGAGAUUUGCUAACUGUCCAAUGUAUUAAUGUGCAAAGCUGUUGUGGGAAAAAUAAUUCUCCAAGUGUGCUUUGAUGGAAUGAUUUAUUAUUCCUAAAUGCUUGCCGAAAGAACAUUGAAUGUUUUCCUGUGUUUGAAUGUACAGUUUCUAAGCUGGAUACAUUUUAAUGUUUAAAAACUUUGUGUAUAUCAAGCUUGUUGUAAAAUACUCUUUUUGUUCCUAUGUUACUGAUGCAACAUUGGAUAGUUUAAUUCCACACUAGAUAUUUUAUGUUAAACAAAUAAAUAGUUUUUUCAGUAAAAA